UCCCCUUCACCGCGAACAUUGACAGAGGGUUUGAGAAAACAUGGCUGAAAUGGAGAAAGAAGGAAGACCCCCAGAAAUCAAGCGGAGCAGAAAGCCGGCUCACCCCGUGAAACGGGAGAUUAACGCGGACAUGAAGGUCCGGGCCGAGAGGCCCCUCCCAGGGGCGGGGCAGGCAGGCGAUCUCCAUGGCAACUUGCCCUACGUGAUGAGCUUCGCGGAGACCACGAUGAACGAGUUGCUCGGCUGGUACGGAUACGACAAGGUGGAGCUGCGCGACUCGGACGACAUCGAGAUACGCAACUAUCCCGACGCGGAGGUCCGCCAGCACAUUUCCGUUCUCAAAGAAAACUCCUUACCGAAAGCCUCCACAGCCGAGAACAGCCGAUCCCCGCCGCACGCCAUCCCCUUGGCGCGGAACGGUCUGGCCACGGAUCAAGCCGGCAACCCUUCCUCCUCCUCAACGACAGUCGCCAAGGAGCACGGGGGCCUGCCAAUCAUAGUACCCCUGAUCCCACCCCCACUCAUCAAGCCACCAGCAGAGGAGGACAUGGCCAAUGUUCAGAUUAUGUGCGCCUGGUGUCAGAAGGUGGGCGUGAAGCGCUACUCCCUCAGCAUGGGCUCUGAGCUGAAGAGCUUCUGCAGUGAAAAGUGCUUCGCCGCCUGCCGUCGCGCCUACUUCAAGCGCAACAAGCUGGGAUAUGUAAGCAGUUGCAAUGCCCGAGAUGAGGAGGGCUCUUCGAUACACGGCUUGUUCAAAGACACGCCCAGGCUUGUCCUCAAGACAAACAGCGAUGCACUUGUGUGUGACUGGUGCAAGCACAUCCGGCACACCAAGGAGUACCUGGACUUUGGCUCGGGCGAGAGACGCCUCCAAUUUUGCAGUGCGAAGUGUCUGAACCAGUACAAGAUGGACAUCUUCUAUAAGGAGACGCAGGCGGCCCUGCCCGGCGGCCUGUGCAACCCCGUCCACCCUGCCGGGGACGGGAAGGUGGAUGGCAGCCAUGGGGUGCAGCUCCUCACCCCCGAGUCCUGGAACGCUCCCCUGAGCGAGCUGCGCGGCCGCAAGCCGCCCUCCCCGGCGGGCAUGGGGCAUUCGGGGUCGGCGGCAGGCUCGCCCUCCGAGCCCGGCACGAUGUGCUCCUCCUCCUCGUCCUCGUCCUCGGUGAAGAUCCCCACGCCGCGGCCUCACGAGAGUCCGACGCUACCGCCACCCCCUCCCCCGCCCCCUGUGCCGGGACUCCACCCUCCGCUGGGCGUGCCCCCUGGCAGCCCACCCAUGGUGAUGACGCCCCGCGGUCCGGUUCCCCUCCCCUUCUUCAUGGAGCACCAGAUGAUGCAGCAGAUGCGACCCCCGUUCCUCCGGCCCCCUGGCCCCAACAGCCCCCUUCCCAACCCCAUGAUUCCUGGCAUCGGGCCUCCCCCUCCUCCUCGGACCCUGGGUCCCCCAUCAAGUCCUAUGCACCGGCCACUCCUCUCCCCCCACAUGCACCCCUCCUCCACCUCCAGUCUGCCGGGUAACCCGCCUGGCAUGAUGCCCCCUCACCCAGGUACCCACAUGCCCGGACUCCCCUUCCCUCCGGUCAACAUCAUGCCAGCUGGGCCCAUUCCAGUGCCACCCAUGAUGAACUUUGGCAUGCCAUCUCUCGCACCCUUAGUGCCACCUCCAAUGCUCUUGGUGCCCUACCCUGUAAUCGUGCCAUUACCGGUGCCAAUACCCAUCCCUGUGCCCAUCCCAGUAGGCCCAAAGACGUCAGGCGAUCGCCCGGGGAAUGAUGGCACGCUUCCAGAAGUUUGUGGCGAGCACAGCGACUCCCAGGAUUCCGCCUUCUCUCCUGAUUUAUCCAGGGGGGAGGGCGGCACUCACAAGCAGGCUCCCUCCAACUCAGCUGCGCUUUCGCCCGGCAUGUCCGGCCAGACGGAACGGGGCAGGACGAGUGUCGUGGACCUCACCGUCAAAAUGGAAAGUUCCGGUAGCACAAGUUCCAGUUUGUCGCAUUCAGGAUCUCCUACAGACACACCAGCAAACGGGAUCAUCGAUUUAACGACAAAUCGUCGGUCACGGCAACAGCUAGUGAUACAGAGGGCGGUGCCAUGUGUGCAGGUGAAAUCAGAACCUGACCUGACUCCACCCACAGGGCUGACUGUCUCACGAUUGGGUGAUUGUGAAGCGAGUGGGAGGGACUCGUGCAGCACAGGGGCAACAGAGGACAUUCAAAGAGACAGAGAGAGGGAGACAAAAAGCCCAUUGGACAGUGUUGCACUGCCCUGUGCAGACCCAUCCUUUUGCAGUGUCACGCCCCCACUAUCUCAACCAAUCACGUGCGCCCUUUCCGCUCCCCCAACCAGUAUCUCGAUAGCGAAAACAGAGCCAGGAACCGCCACGCCUUGUAAUGUGAUCGUCAACGGCGGCUGCAGCGCCCAGCCGCCGGAUCCCUCGAUCCGGACCCUGCUUCCGGAACAGCGCCUCCCCGCGGAACCGUGCCGCAGGCCGUCCGCGCUCUGCGACGAGCCGAUCGAGGCCGAGGACCUGAAGGAAAACAGCUUCUCGGCCCCCGAGAGGGAGGCGUCGGGGAAGAGGGCCCCGUGCGACCAGGUGAGCACCCCAGGGGCCGCCGGCAACGACAAGACCCAGGAGGCGGAGGAUGCGUCGUCGGAGGCUGACCACGCCUACGCCCUGCCCCACGUGCCCAAGCCGGGCUGCGUCAUCCAGCCCGUGCCCAAACCAGCAGAAAAGACGGUGGCGGGCAUUCUCCCGUGCAGCCUGGCCCCUCCCCUGACGGCGGGGGGCGGGGCGGAGCUGGAGCCCCCGCUGAAGAGGAGGUGCUUGCGGAUCCGCAACCAGAACAAGUGAAGGGCGGGAGAGGGAGAACGACAGGCAGAGGGAAACCCACAGCCCCCACCACCCUCGACAGAUGCUUACAUCUCACCAAAGGGACGAGCAGCACAGGACCGCAGCCGAUACAAUGAGUCCACCAUAGCUCCAGAAGCCCAUUAGUCAACGUGUCAAACAGUCCCUCAACACCCAUAAAUAUCCGUAAAAGACACCCACCCACACACACACACACACACACACACACACACACACACACAAAACACAUUCACACAUCCACACUUGCACCGGUCAUAUGAAUGACUGCAGUUUCCGCUAAGCUUGUCUCAGCGCCAACAGACCCCGCAAAUUCCUCCGUGGGACAGAAUCUGGAUCAGCUGCGACCUCUGACCUUUGAACUCUGGUCCUUUUCCGACUCUCUCUCAGCCUCUUCGUUAGCGGUGGGGUUUUCUCUGCCGGUCACGUCCCUUUUAGGUUCCCAGCCUGAUUUGUUGUCUUCAUGUCCACAGGGAGAUGGCUCCCCCUACAGGGAUGGUGCAGCACUACAGUGCUGAGGACUGCAAUGUACAUAAAGAGCUGUGACGGGGACAAAAAUGUGGGCCUCAGGCCAAACAUCAAUCAUGAGAGGUCCACUGGACUGCCAGUCAAACAUGCCCACAAAUGACAGACGUGACUGGUUCCUGAACAUGCCCUCACAGUACCCAAUCAGUGAAAAGAUCUGCCAUUCAGCUGUGCCCAUGAAAAACAGACAGGAUAAGUUUAGCCUCUUUUUUUCUCUUUGUGUGUGUGUGUGUGUGUGUGUGUGUGUGUGUGUGUGUGUGUGUGUGUGUGUCAUUGUUCAAGCAGGUCUAGUUUUGACUAUGGGAGGCCUGAAUUGUUCGUGCCUCUAUGUGUGUUCUCAGGCAGACCCCUGGAACACGGCAGUCUCACAUACCCACAAGCCCUUUAUACUGACAGUGCCAAGAAAGUAACAAAAGAACGUUGCUUAUGGUCAAGUCUCUGGCUUUUUCCCGCCGUCUUUCCGUUUUCUAUUUUCUGUUUCUUCUCCAUGCCUCUUUUUUCUUCUUCUAUCUGUUUUCUUUGGCGGCACCGGCAAGACACCCAGAAAUCCUCCUUCACGUGCUUUCUGGCCGCAGAAAACUCGAGAAAAUACGAGGGACAGGACGUCUCCCAGAUGGUCUGAAAUAACCAGAAAAAGAGACAGGAGGGUGACAGGGGAACUUGAGACUCUGCUGAAACAAAUCUCACGCAGAAGAAAAAUAAAAAGUGAGGACCACGGCCCUAAUGGAGGGCCGUAUUUAUGGACUGUUUGUGGGUUCCCUACCAAUUCUGGGGGUGCCGGAACAGAAGGAUACGCAGUGGAAAAUUCACUUGCUCUUACGGGCACUGGAACGACAGGGUGGACACGCUGCAUGGUAUCACUCCAACUCCGGCACUGUCAAAAUGACCGACUGCUCGGCCGCCUUUGGCUAGAGGGAACCUUUAGUCCCCGCCUCCUAUCCGAACCCACUGGUGUUAAUGUCAAAUGCACACUCCGGUCAUCGUUUCAUGCUGUCCACAUGAGAUGUGCUGUACUUUGUCCACCAACACUAAGGUUUUCAGUUCGAGCAAACUACAUUAGGAUAGCCCUACCAAGUACAAAUCUCUCAGAAAUUCCGUUCAGUCAAAUCAAACUCUCAGAACAGUCACUCAUAUGGUUAAACACUACAGCAUGUUGGCUUAAAUGGGUUUUUGACAUCUGUGCUACUUAACCAUACAUUUUCGAUGUUUCAGCAAAGUCCAUUAGCGCGGCUGUAAAUAAUAUUGGUUUCUGUCUGGCUCAGGUCAGAUGGCUAUGGACUCCAUUCGCCACUAGCUGGUUUAUGGCUCGUUUCGGAAGAGAUCACAGCACUGGGAACAGCCCAUCUCAGGCCAAGCUCAGGGAUGAGGAAGCACGCAUGUCAGGUCCGGCUCUCGGCUUGAAAUGAUUGGAUUUGCGGAUUAGACAUGGCGCUGUUUGAAGCGCUUACCGCAUCUGUGUACACACGUGGUUCAAGUAAGACGUGUUACUGUUAGGUAUGACUGCUGUUUAGAGUUGAAGGAACAGAUCAGCUACAUCUUAAAUCAGAUCUGACUCCUUGUCUAAAUAAAUAUAAGAUGUGGUGAACGUUAGCAGACAACAUUGCAGGCCCUGGCCAGCUUAAUAGGAGAGAACUGAGGGAGUGUAGCUCCAAGCCUCUGUGUGUGCAUGUGCGUGUGUGUGUGUGUGUGUGUGUGAGAGAGAGAGAGAGAGAGAGAGAGAGAGAGCAAGAGCAAUAUGGAGAUGGCUUGCCAAAAACCUGCAGCUUCUUGGGUUCAUUUUGUAUUCCAAGCUCAUUGCAAAGAAAAUGUAAGAUGGGUUUUUUUGUUUUUUUUAAAGGGUACACCAAAAUGUGCGUACCAACUGGGGGCAUUGUAAAACAUGACACUGUGUCACAAAGUAAAAGGCGUUAUUCAGAAAUGGUCGCCACAACUCUGUGCAGUCAAACCAGACUAGUCCCUCAUGUUGAAUCAUUUCAGAUUCACUCAAGAGCUCAAGUUCCUGAAAACAGAAAACGGCUCAGUGUUUGCGUUCUAGGUGGCCGUUCCCCACACACACACACACUCUCUCUCUCUCUCUCUCUCUCUCUCUCUCUCUCUCUCUCUCUCUCUCUCAAUAUGUUCUCCUCUGAGUUCCAUUUUUGGUUUAGUCUCUUACUACCACUGACUGAAAUCUCCCCACACUUUUCACUUCUGUUCUUCAUCUCUCUCUCCCCCCUCCCUUUAUCGCUCUCUUUCUCCACCAUAUGGCAGUCUUCUGUCACUUCCCUCAUGAGUCCUGAACUGAAGAAUGCAAUUUCCUCAUCUUUUCUUCGCACUGGUGAGAGCAUGACCCAAGGUCCCCCGCGCGCCAAGCGUUAUGCGUCUGCCGCACCUUCUCUUUCAUCGCUCAUUUUGGAGGGAGUUUUUUAUACAGCUUCUGCUGUCUCACCAAAAGCAGACAUGCUGAGGACGUGAGCUAGAAAUCGGAGUCUCACACACACACACACACACACACACACAGAGUCCUUACCACAAUCCCACCCUCGCAGGAUGUGAAUUGUAAGUUGGGCAACAUUAUAUAUAUAGGAAUACUAUUGAGGCCAAAGGUUUACAUGCAACCAAGCUAAAGAUUUUCAGACGUCACGACUCCACACGUUUCACGUUACUAUACGCAGCCUGUGUUAAGUCAAUUAGGGUAUGAAUUUUAUUUCCAUAAGGUGUAGUUUCAGUUUCACAGCGAAGAGGCAGAUUUCUGUGAAAUUUUAUUAACGAUAUAUAAGAUUUUCAUUGGGUCAAAAACGUUUAUAUGAACUUUGACAGUAUCGGCUGGCAUUGCCUUUUAAUUCCAUAACUUGAGUCAAAUUCUGCGGGUAGUCCUUAAGCUUCUGACAAAACUUUGCCAGGACAUUUGCCUGUUGCUUUCUAACAGCAUGGCUGUAACUGAUCCUCUUUGCCUCGCCAUUCUCCUUCAUGUCUGUCCAGAGGUUUUUAGUGGGAAUCGGGUCGGUGCUGUGUGAUGGCUACUCCAGUACUUCAACGGUGAUUCUGAAUGGUUCGUCUUUCCCUUUUGUCGCCAUCAUCAUCUCAGCUUUGGAGGAAUGCUUUUAGGAUCGCUGUCCUGCUGGAAGACCCACUUGUGACAAAUUUCUGGCUGAUGCCUUGAAGUGCUGCUUCAGUAUUCCAAGAGACUCCUCCUCUUUCUUGAUGUCGUCCCUUUUCUGAAGUGCGCCAGUCCGUUUUCCAGGAAAGCACCCCACGAGAGGAAGCCGUGGCCCCUGCCACGCUUCACAACUGGCGUGGUGUUUUUUGGAUCAAAAGCCUCGCCCUUUUUGCUCCGUACGUAACUAAUCAUUAUGGCCGAGCAGUUCGAUUUUUGUGUUUUUUGAGAAGACUCCUUCAUAAGGUGGGAGAUUUUUCCUGGUCAUCGCCUGCAAAGUUUUGUCUGGCUUUUUUAUUCUGGUCUUCAUGUACGGGUCUCCUGGUGCAUGCAGAAUCUUUGAUACCUAGUGCCUCCAAACUCCUUCACCAGUUCCUUAGAUAUUUUACGGUUCAGUUGAACCUUUCGGUCUAAAGUUCUUUCCUUCCUUGGAGUUCAUUCUUGCCUCCUUCCUGAAUGCUGCAGCAUCUAUUUGGUCUCAAAAUGUUUAUAUUUGUGCAGUUGUUUGUGGCAUCUAAGAAUUAAGAGACACUAUCUAUAGUGGUUUGCCCUAAAUUACAUUGCAAAUUAACUCUUAGUUAUGCAUAUUAUGGUGUGAAAAAUAUAUAUCCUAAUUGAAUUCCAAAGAAGUGUAUGAUUACAUUAAAUGUGUGGAGAUGUAAAAAAAAAAUUUAUGAGUUUGAAUGACCUAAGCCUUGGUGUAUGUAAGCUGUUGGCCUCUAGUGUGUGUGUGUGUGUGUGUGUGUGCGUGCGUGUGUGUGUGCGUGUGUUUACAUGAACACAUUUAUGCCAGCCUAACAGGUGGUGUUGCACCCUAAACCAACUCAACUAUUGGGAUUUGUCGAGAACAGCCAGGAAGAGGGUUUGGUGUCACGUUCACUAGUAUAUAUCCGGAUCUUUAAACACACACACACGCAUGCACACAACUGUAUGUGGGACAUUGUGCCCUUGGUUGGCUGAAUGGAUUGUAAUAUUCUGUUUCAGCCUGUAUAUGGGAUGGGCGUGCGUUCCCUCUCUGAUCUCAUAUCCUCUUCCAGUCAAACCACUCCCACACAUCUUUGCGACUGCUGAAGUCAUCAGCACGCGAGGUCGCUAGGCCAGGGGACUUGAUGACUCGUCUGGACGCCCGCGACACGAAGGGUUAGAAAUUGGAUCCUCGAGACAUGAGAACACAAACACAAACAGUGUCCACACGCAUGCGGUUUCUGCUUCACGCAGCGUGACUGAUGUGCGCAGUAAUGGAAGAGCUGACUUUGGACAACCUAAAAGAAGUGUUCCCUAAAUUUCCCACUUAUUUCUAAAGACAUUCACAAUUUUAUCUUGGUAGGGAUCUGAGCAAUAUUGGUUUAGAACUGUGUCUUCAAUGGGCUCUGCGCUAAUGAGACAGUAGGUUUUUUAUCCAAACUCAGCAGCUGUAUCCCCGUCAAGAUUUUUGCGUUUUUUUUUAAGCAGGCCCUGUCAAAGUCUAUUUUUUCCUAAUUGACCAGCCCAGAUGGAAAGGAUUCAGUGCUAACUAGUUAGUUCAUUAAUCAGCUCUCCAUAUUAAGUUAAUUUGGGGUUACUGUAGAACUGAUGAGAACAUACACUGAAUUGGAAUUGACUUGAGGCUUAUACGACCAAACUGUCCAGUUUACAUGCCUCUUAUAUCCUAAUGCCAAUGUAAAGGUUAAUUUUUGCAGUGUAAUUUCCAUUAGUCAAAGUAUCAUUAAAAAAAAAACUAAGAUCAGGUGUUUGAGGCGUGAAUUCUCCCAGAAGUCGGUAUGGCCGCAGGGCAAAAACAUCCACGUACUAGGACGCUGUAUAUCAUGAGCACAAUGGCAGUGAUUAAGAGUCUGUGGAGCUUGUGUGGCAUUGCAACGUGUCCCAGGUCUCAAGAGGAUUAAGUGUUUCAGCGCGAGCGUGUCUGAUUCUCUCAAUCAGCCAGUUUCCCUUCCUAAAGACAGAGGCACCCAAACACUCUCCGAUAACACAGAAAUCUCUGAGAACCUGAAAUAUCGUUUCUUAGGCCCCACUUUGUGUGUGUGUGUGUGUGUUUGAGUGUGUGUGUGUGUGUGUGUGACCUUGCUGUUGUAACUGGAGUUGGGUAGAUUCAGUCGGACCAAUAUAGCUCUGAAACCGAACCCUGCUGUAGUGUCUAUGAGUCCAUACAGACAAGACAAUGACACCAGCACAAAAAAUGCAUGUGUCUGUGUGAGUGUGUGUGAGUGUGUGUAUGUGUUUCAUGGCCGACGAUGGUGUCCUUGAUAGCAGUGCAAAGUGAUGCAGCGGGGGGGGUGGCAUUGAGGAAAGAUUUGUUGCACUGUGGGUUACCACAAAUCUACCACCAGUAACAAACAGACCAAAGUGUUACAUAAACUCCUUUUGUUGCUUUGUUAGAAACCACUUAAAUUAUUCUUCCGAGGGUAGCGAGCUUGUAACCAUCUUAGUGACCAUUGGAAGAAUUAGUGAAAACGAAAGUGCUCAAAAUCUGUAACAUACAAAAGUGCUGUUGUGCUUAGAAGCUAGAACUGCAUGACGUAUGCCAACACGCUUGCCACAGGAUAUUCCAAAUCCACUCCUGGAGCACCACAGCACCGCAGUUUAGGGUUUGCCUGAUUUAAAACGGCUGGUUUUGUUAACAUGGGUCUGCUUGAUCACAAGCCACUGGUGGCAGCAGGGAAAAGUUAAUUGCAGUACUGUGGUCCUCCAGUGGAACUGUGACAGUACCGUGUUCAUUGCCUCCAUAAGAGGGCGCCGAACUCACCCACGACAGAACGGAGGUUACGGAGAAGCCAUGAAAAGUUUAUGAUUUGUGCAAACACUUGUCGUCUGCCAAUGCAAUACUUUAUUUCAAAUGUGCAUAUGAGCCAGAAGUGAGAUUUUUUCAGCUGCCAAAGUGUCAGUCAGAUCAGAAUUGCACAGGCAACUGCUGGGAGCAGAAUAACACUCGGGUUUUUUUUGGCCAAAAUUAUUCAGGCUAAAGUGCAGGAAAGCCACUCUAUAAUCCUGCUGCGAGGAAGGCUGAGAGCACACACACACACACACACACACACACAAAAUAACUAUAACUGCUCUUCAGGACUCAGUUAUGCUGUCCUGGCAAAACAUACCCAGAAGAGUAGUUCCCUUUUAUCCCUUCUCUGAUGCCAUGGUGGAUAUUUGAGCAAGAGAGACCUGCGUAUUCAUAAUGCACAGACCUGCACAAAACUGCACUGUCCUGUCCUGAGUGACCAGGCCUGGCUGCGUUAUCCUCUUCCACUCACUGUCUUAACAUGAGUAGGUCUUGGAUGCAAGAUUUCAUAAAGUCGAUCUACACCGGACGGAUACGAAUUACCCACAACCACAAAUAUGCAAUGACUGACUCUUAACUUUUACAGCACUCCUUGUGAGACAGACGUUUGUUGGGGAGGGAGGGGGGAGGGGAUCAGAUUAAAAUGAGAAGAGUAAAUCGCAAUUUUUAACGUUUUAAUGUUAAAACAUUUUUGAAAGGUGAAAAGCUGCCUUAACUCUUUGCUUGUGUGCUCCAGCUCCCGCUGUGAACAAAACCCCCACUUUCUACAAAACAAACAAAAAAACACGACUCUAUCAUGCUAGCGCUGAUGUAUAUAUGCUUUUUUGUGACUUGUAUGAUUCUUGGUAUUUUGCUUCAUCUACACGUUCGCCCGCCCUCCUUCCCGCUCCCCUGUAAAUCUACCCUGUCGUGGUUUCUCUGUAUUUGCAGAACGUUUUAUAGUAUUAUUUAUUAAUGACAAGUGUUUGCAUUCGCAAAUAAAGAGAGAACGUGGCUCUUUGAACAGGGUAGCCAGCGACAGCGAAGCUGUACACUGAAGAAGAAGAAGAAGGCCAAGCCUACGCCUAUUGUUUCCUUUUCUAAAUGAAGUGAGGAAACAGCAAGAAUAAUAAUGAAAAUGAUAAACUUGUCUUUUUAUUAUGGAAUUGUUAUAAAACUUGUUGCCAAGAUUGCUUUAAAAAUGUAUCUCCUUUUUUGUCUUGUAACAGUAUUUGUUUUACCCGGUGAACCGAAUAAAUAGGUGAACACACACA